AAGGAUAUUUAAGUACACUAAAUCCCACUUAUCCAAUGGAGCGUGACCCGAUCAAAAGCUGAGAACCAAGUGGAGAACACGUCCACAAACCGCAUAGCUCCUUUUUUCACCGUGCGCAUUAUUUUCCGAGUCGUUCGUUUCCCCGUGUUGCAUAUACGAAGCCGAAACGCGUCUCUGCGAAGCUAGGGAAGUUCUAACUAUCUGAUAUACGCGCGCAGGGAGACGAGGAUGCAGCGAACAAGGGAGCCCGGUUGCAGACGCUAGAGGGGCGCGCGGAAUGAAAGGGCACGAGCGACGGAAUAACGGUGAACGCUUGUCCCUCCGCCUAAACUGAAGCGUUGCCCCCACAGCAGGACUCCAAUUCGAGAGGCGUUAUGCGCACUCAAAAAUUUACAGCAGGCAAAAACAGAAGAGAACCGAUGCCGACCGACAACUAUCAAUCCACGAACGCUAAGACACACCUCCACGGCCGGUCGACCUGUCAUUACCAGGGGAAAAAAAGUUUUGACCAUUUCAGAGAUCUGCUACAGCACGCGCUGACUGCGAACAUGGGAAAUACGAGGUGUACACAAUUUUAAAAUCAGAAUAAAACCUGAAAUCUUCCCAAGAGGACACAUUCUUUCGAGGAAGAAAACUUCAUUGAGAUAAACUCGGGAAAAGGCUGGGGAAAGUAGAGACGAGGAGAUAACGGUUUGCGCAGUGCCCUCUUCGCCAUGGAGUUCCCAGAAGAACCGUCUGCUUUCAGGGACCCAAGGACGAUUCGGUUUUACAACGAGUCCUUCUUUCAAGCAAACUACAGCGGCUUUAACGAGACAAUCGGGCUGCUGCCCGCCAGCAUUAAGAUCACCAUCGUCGUUGUGUACAUGGUUGUCUGCGUGGUGGGGCUCGUGGGGAAUUGUCUGGUCAUGUACGUCAUCAUCAGAUACACGAAGAUGAAGACGGCCACCAACAUCUACAUCUUCAACCUGGCCCUGGCCGACUCUCUGGUGCUGGCCACGCUGCCCUUCCAGGGAGCCGACGUGUUCCUCGGCUUCUGGCCCUUCGGGAACCUGCUCUGCAAGGUGGUGAUCUCCAUCGACUACUACAACAUGUUCACCAGCACCCUCACGCUCACCGUGAUGAGCGUGGACCGCUACAUCGCCGUGUGCCACCCCGUGAAGGCGCUGGACAUGCGCACGCCGGCCAAGGCCAAGGUGGUCAACGUCUGCGUCUGGGCCCUGGCCUCCGCCAUCGGGGCCCCCGCCAUGAUGAUGGGCGACGUGGAGGUGGAGCCCAACGGGAUCGAGUGCAUCGUGGCGCUGCCGGACCCGCGCAGCUACUGGGACCGGGUGUUCGGCGCGUGCGUGUUCGUGUUCUCCUUCGUGGUGCCGGUGGCCAUCAUCAGCGUGUGCUACAGCCUGAUGGUGCGGCGUCUCCGCAGCGUGCGCAUGCUGUCGGGCUCGCGGGAGAAGGACCGCAACCUGCGGCGCAUCACGCGCAUGGUGCUGGUGGUGGUGGCCGCCUUCGUGGUGUGCUGGACGCCCGUGCAGAUCAUGGUGCUGGCGCAGUCGCUGGGCGUCAACCUGGGCAGCCUGCAGACGGUGGCGCUCAUGCACUUCUGCAUCGCGCUGGGCUACGUCAACAGCAGCCUCAACCCCGUGCUGUACGCCUUCCUGGACGAGAACUUCAAGCGCUGCUUCCGCGGCUUCUGCCAGCCCGCCGGCUUCCCGCUGGAGACGCGGCAGUCCAGCCGGCUGCGCAGCGUGGCCCGGGAGACGCCCUGCAGCUGCGUGCCGCCGCCGGACUGCGUGCCGCCCGCCGGCCGCGCCCGCGGCAAGCCCGCCUGA